GAAUUCCACCGACAUAAACGCAUGGCGUCUUAGCCGAAACGGACGUCGAUGUUUUUUCCUUUUUUAUUUUCGUCUUUAUUUACGCAAAACGAUCAACUUUACGCGCGAAACCAAUGUAACUUUUAUUAAUUUUUAACAACAAGGCUGUACGAAGUUGCGUCCUUUGCCAAUUUUAUGCAAUAAAAAGUUGCAGUGUCAGUUCUUCGUGAACUUUUUUAAGUUUAUAUGCAAAUGUGUUGUGCUGUGUUACGUUAAACAAUGAAUGGAAUUGUUUUGGAUGCGGAGCGCGCGCCAGAAAAGGCGGGAAUAAUCGACAGGCACACAGCGGUAGACGUGAGCAAUGGAAGCAACAAAGAACAUGAGAAUGGAAGGUGGCAGCCAUCGGAAAAUGUUGACAGGCUAUCUACCUACCCCGCUACCGGCGACCGCACCAGUCUCCUGCGCUGCCACGAGGCCAAGUCCGCGGAGUGCAGUCAAGGCUCGCCGCGACCGCGCCGCGUCCCGCGCGAGUCGAGGCGCGUCUCCCUCGCACAGGCGUCAGGAUAUGUGCAGCUCAACCAGUACAGAUUGCUGGAGCCUAUAGGGCAGGGUUCAUACGGUAUAGUCAAGUUAGCAUACAACGAAGAAGAUGAUACGCAUUAUGCAAUGAAGAUCUUAUCAAAACGCAAGCUGAUGAAAAGAGCUGGACUAUUCGGAAGAACUCCUCCUAGAAGACCAGGGCCUGGACCGCCACCAGACCCCCUACAGAGAGUAUAUAGAGAGAUAGCAGUGCUUAAGAAACUCGACCAUCCUAAUGUAGUUAAAUUAGUAGAGGUGCUGGACGACCCUGCAGAAGACCAGCUGUACCUGGUAUUCCAGCUGUUGGAAGGCGGACCUGUGAUAGACAUCCCAACCGACAACCCGCUCAACGAGGAGCUCGCCAGGAGAUACUUCAGAGACGCCCUGCUAGGGGUAGAGUAUCUGCACUACCAACGGAUAGCCCACCGUGACAUCAAGCCAGCGAACCUGCUGCUAGGAGAUGGGCGGGUGCAGGUGGCAGACCUGGGCGCGUGCGGGGAGCUGGCGGGCGCGGGCAGACUCACGGGCGCCGUCGGCACGCCCGCCUUCCGCGCGCCCGAGGCUUCCGCCGGCGCUGACAAAUAUAAUGGAGAGGCAGCAGACAUCUGGUCUCUAGGCAUCACGCUUUACGCGAUGGUGACGGGCAGAGUGCCGUGGGUGGCGAGCUCCUCAAUAGACCUGCAGAGGAAGGUGGUCAACGAACCGCUGUCGUACCCCGCAAGACACCAGCCCUCGAAGGCGUUGAAACAUCUGCUCAGCAAGAUGUUGGACAAGGACCCUAGCAAGAGAGCUACCAUGCAGGAGAUAAAGGACGACGACUGGGUGACAGCAGGCGGUAAGGAGCCACUACCUUCAGAGCAGGAGAACUGCCGGCUCGUGGAGGUGACGGAGGAGGACAUGGCGCGCGUCGUCACCUCAAUACCGAACCUCUCCACGCUCAUACUCAUCAAGACCAUGCUCAAGAAACACAGCUUUCAGAACCCGUUCCUCCGAAGCAGAGAAGGAAGUACGGCGCGGAGGGAAUCUGGUAGCGGAAAGGGAGAGGCCGACAAGACGUCUCCCGGUAUCAAGCGAGGAGGUCUGGCUCGAGCCGGCAGGUCACUCUCUGCACCUGGCAACUAUCUUACUGACAGACAAGCAUCGUUCGACAUCGGGCUGGAGUCAGUGCAAGAGCAGACACAGGACUUGAAGGAGAAGCCGAAGCCGGAGGAGGCGGCUGCGGUGUCGGCGGCAGUGUCGGCGGUGUCGGCGGUGUCGGCGAUGUCGGCGCGGUGAUCGUGGCGUGCGCCGCCUCGCCGCUGCGCGCGCGGGGCGCAGCACGCUCGCGGCACACGGCUCGCUGUCGCUGCUCAGUCCGCACUCCUCUCCACUGCAUCACAUCGUCACUUUGCCGUACCCGUUUAAAUAUUGUUCAAUUUUCCUUCCUAUAGUAUGUAGACCUUAAUCAGGAAUUUUUGUGGGUAAGUGAUGGUAGAAGGUUGUCAAUAUCGCCUCCAGCUACAAUAAUUAGUAUUGCACCGUAUAAGGACUUGGAAAGUCAUCUCUGAUAACCAAUGUAUUCUUUAAAAGAUUUUUCUAACUUAAAUUUCGGAACAGCGCGCAGAUUCCUCAUAGAUUGUAAUGUACAGUCAACCACAAAAGUAGCUGAACAAAUUCAAAACACCUUAGGUACACAAAAAUUGAGUUUGUCACCAACAUUAUUGAAAAGAUAAUUUUAUAAGAAAUAUUUUGGUAGUUAAAAACCUACCAAAGACCUUUUUUUUAAUAAAUUAUUUGUAAAACUUUGCUUAUUCCCGCCGUAACUCGUGCGCAGAAAAUGUAUGAAAUGCAAGGACGUCUGAACGAAAGCAUUAUACGUACAUUACAUUAUCCUCUAAAAAAAACUAAAAUACUUAAUUCUCUCCAAUAUUUUUAAGCACGGUAGUUAAUAAACUCAAUCGCUACUAGUUAUCGAUUUAAAAUAGCUUUUUCCGAAUUAACUUUCAAAUCAAUUUCACUUCAACUUACUGCACAUUUAAAGAUAAGAAAAAUUUUAAUGGUAAGUUAUAAUAACAAUAUUUUCCCAAAACACAAGUACAUUUUAUGCAGGAAUAAAUGAAUUGUAAAAUUUUAACGAAAAGUUUGUUUGCAAAGUUAAAUUAUAUUACACAUUUCAAUAAUAAUAUAAAAAAUUAAAUCAUAACCAUAUUUUGUGGACAUCAUAUUAUAAAAGAAAAUAGUUUAAUGGAUCAUUUAUUAUUAUUACAUUUGAGGAAUGUUCUUUAAUUGUUUACAAUCACGUCAUAAUCUACGAGAGGUUUAUUUUGAUUUAUAAAAUUAUAAAUUACUAUUUUAGAAUAUAAAAUACAUUCAUCCUAUAAUAAGUAACAUGUUAUAAAAUUAUAAUUAUUAAGUAAAUGAAUAAUCUAUACGACCAAACUUAAGAGACAAUUUAUUUACUUAUUAUUUUAACACUUAAUUUUUAUUUUGUUUUAUUUCUAAGGAGAAUAGUACUUAUAAAAUGUGUUCGAUGGAAUAGUCAUAAUAUUUUGUCCCUUAAGGCAUUGUCCAAUAAGUCUUAUAAUAGUUUCCGAGAAUAUAUUUUUACCAAUGAAUAUACAUAUAUUAUUUCAAUUAUUAUAAACCGUAAAAUUAAGCAAAGUUUAAAACAUGUUUCGUUUUUUUAUUACUAAUGUGAAUUCUCGGAGAUAAAUCCGAUGUUAGCUUUACAUACAUGUCAGGUAAAUGAGAUUAAUUUUUAUAUUGGAAAAAUAAGAAAAUGCAAUAUGUCAUGGUCCCUUCAUGUAUCUACGGGACUAUUUGAAAAUUUUACUAAAUAUGUUAGUGACAUAACUAUGUUAGUGAUAUAUAUAAUUCAAUUUGUGCAAAAAAUAUAACUUAGUACUUUGGAAUAGGGAGCCAGCGAUAUGGUAUUGCGGUUUUGCAACAAAUUACAAUGAUGAAAAAAUAAAAAUGUAUAUUACAUCACCAAUUUCAAAAUGGAUAACAAUUUUUCGGUCGUAGUCAUGAAUUAAAUUACAGUUUAACGCAAUUUGAACUGUAUCCCUUACAUUCUAAAAUCAAGUCUAAAUUUAAUACUUGAAACACUUUCAAUGCGUUUAUUGUCUAUAAAGUUUAGUCGACAUUGCGGAGAAUUGUCGCAAAUAGAAAAAUCCAGAACAUCGUGUAAGCGAUAAACACCAACUGCGGUUGUUACUUUUAUCUCCCGCUUCGUUGAAUGUCACUGCACGACGUGCAAUUGUGUGAAACAGUUUUGUAAUCUAACUUUCUACGCAGAUUGUUUACCAGAAAUUGCUCUCUUGCUUGCUGGGACACGAUAAAAGCCAAACCACUUUUAGAAAUAAUCAAAUAAAAUUGUUGUUUCGUUUCGUAAAAUAAAUUAGAUUCGAAAUCCUUUAGCCUUUUAAUUUUGGCAGCCAUACUCUUUGAAGUUGUGUGCGUUUAGGCGGUAAAUAUGAAUAAUGAUUAUGUGAAACAUAUUUGUUUGUUGCCAACAAGAAUAAAACCAUUUGCAAAGAUGUGGAUACAAUAGACUGAAAUACAGAUUUGCCAUACAACGAAGUAGUUGCAUUCCCGCAAACCAUGCUCAACUUAAUAGCUGAGUACCAAUCUCUCUACUAAUACGUAGUGGGGCAACCUGAGCAAUGAAUAUUUUUCUUGGGUAUCUAUUAUUCAAAACGCCUUUGGAACAGUUCGAAACCGAAUAAAUUUUGAACCAUCGACGUUCAGUAUUAGAAAAUAUUUGUAAUCCUACAUUCAAUGCUGUCGAUUUAUAGUUGUAACAUGACUAAAAAGCUGUAUAAAUACAGAUAAAUCUGUACAUAAGACAGCUAGGCGACACUCGUAUUUGACACGAUAACAGUAACGCGGGCUUUGGUGACGUCAGGCAUCCGACUUCUCAUAGAGUACAGUGACUUCUCAUAGAUGCGACGUCACUGUCAUGACGUCAUACAUGUAACGCUUGACGAUAGAGUAGAAAAUCUAUUAGAAAUAUAAUGACAUCUAUUACAAGGUUGUUUACUUUAACAGCUAUAAAAUUUUUAUAAUUAUCAAACUAGUCCUUUGCAUUGUAAAUAUACAUCUAAUAUAUUUGGCAUCUUCUUUAGGUUUUAAGAUUACACUCGUUAUAUUGAUUAAGGUUUUAGUUUUUAUAAUUUGAGGAUUUAAUAGGGUGGCACAUUUUGUAUUUGAUGAUCUGAUUAGGACUAAGUGCUAAAUGGUGAAAGUUGAUCAUAGUUUGGAAGCUAAGGGUAAUUUGUUAGAGUUGCCAAUUAACACGUUAUUUAGGUCCGAAACCUAGUCUUAUUUCCUUAUUUUUAAUUAUUAGCCUGAGGUCCCAAAAUAUGUUUUUAAAAAUAAUUUUAUAUUUGUUUAAUUAUAAUUAUUUCAUUAAAGUAAAAAUGAAAACUGUUUUUAAAAUAUUUACACUCUCGGUGUAAUUGUCACGUUGUAAUAAGAUUACAUUUUGUGCUAAUACUAGGAAUUUUGAUUUGUAAUGUAUAGAUAAUGUGAUGCAAUGUAUUUCAAAAAGAUACCAAAAUAUUUUUUUCGAAGUUUUUAAAACGUAUUAUGAUACAAUAUGUAUAUCUAACACUUAAUUCAUUAAAAGUCUAUAUCUAUUGUAUAGUUAGUAAUUAUUACAUUAAAGUUAUAACUUUUUAAUGAUUAUAAUUCAUUAAAAAAAUUGCUCAAUGCUUGUUUCAUAAUCAUACCAUUGUAAACGGCUUAAGAAACACUUAAUAUUUUUAUUAAAUUCUUAAAAUAUAGAUUUCUGAAUAUAGUGUUAACAUCAGACGUGUGCGUCAGUGACGUAAGAGCAGUAACGCGACGUUACUGACAAAUAUUAUUUUUCAUAGCGCGUAGUACAAAAGAUGCGCAGAGACUUUUUGACGUCCACGUCAAACCCUUGACGCUAUAAUCGACAUCUAUUUUUAGAGAAGUAUGCAACUUUCACGGCUGGUGACGUCACUACUAAAAAUACUUUUUAAAAGCAUUUUAUACAAUAAGAUUACUUAAUUAUAAAUACUGCACAUUAAUUUGUAAGAUAAGAACGCGCUCCCACGUUUUAAUAUUUUUAGCUAAACCCUGUAAAUAUUUGGAUAUAAUUGAUACGUUAAGCGAAUGACCAAUUUUGAAUGUCAAAUUAGAUUUAUUUACAUUUUUGAUAUACGAGCUUGCCGCUGCGUUUGACGUUUCACACUGUCCGCUGUAAUUUGACGUUUAAUUGUAAUGUCACUGUCAUUGACAUUUUAAAGGAAAUAUGAACUUUGAAGUGACUGCUAUGUAACCAAUGUGGUUCUUAUAGCAUAUUUGAGACGUUUCCUUGAUUACAAUAAAAUAGUUUGUGGUAAUUAACUAAAUUACAAAGACUUGAAAAGAAAAUCUAAUUACAGCUGACAAAUUUGAAAGUAAUGACCAUUUGUGCGUUUAGGGUCGUCCAAUACCCCAAAUGUCAUAUUUUGUAAAUUAAAUUCCCUAAGCUUAAGUUGUCAUAAGUUUGUUUCUGUUGAAUUUUUACGUGGUCACUCUAAAGUAAUAUUUCAAGAUAUUGUCCAUUUUACAGAUGUAACCUUUUGUAAUCUUGAAAAUAAAUUAUCGCUAAAAUAUGCACAACUGCGUCGGAGGCGUUGUUAUAUUGUGCGUGUAGUACGACCACUGCUCCUGAGACGCCAGGUUUGAAUCCCAGGUAGGACAAAAUUAUAUUUUGGUUUGUCUGCUCACUAUAUGCUCGGAGUCUGGAAUUUUUGCUCGAAAUGGUGAGAAGCCCGCACCCUAUCACAUCAUGGGACGGAAGUCGGAACGUACUUGGUGAAGAGUGGGUGCAUUGAUUAAUCUAUACCUUCCCCUUUGGUGAUAAAGUCACGUUGUGUGUUUUGCUUUAUUUUUAAUUACGUACAAUAUUGUCACCUUACUAGUAAGAUUACCGAUCCAUCAGAUAUUCUGUUAUUAUUUUUUAAUUAGAUUUUAAAAAUCGAACUUCAUUAUUACUUGUUUUUUUUACUAUUCCAAUUCCAAUAAGUCUAUUUAGAGGGGUCACACCAACCCUCAGUGGCGCAAAGUCACAUUAUCCUUUGCAAGCGAAUGGUCCAAAAGUUGUUUGCCUUUGAAUGUUGUGAUAGUUAUUAGGUAAAUAAAUGCUUUUAAAAUUAAAUUUUAAUGUAAAUACAAAGGAAAAUUUUAAAAAUUAACUUUCAAAUUUUAAUAUUACUAAAGAUUUUGAAGAAUUACUUAGAUUAAGGCAUUUUUAGACGGUCUGGGAGCGUAUUAGAGAAACUAUAAAUUGUACUGUUUUUUUGCGUUCGUUACAUCGUUUUGUAUAAUUGUAGUCAAUUCGCAAUCAAUUGUUUUAUAAAAUCAUUAAUAUUAGACAUCGCACAAUUAUUUUAAUGUUAUUUUUUACUGGAUUUCAUCGUUGUUGAUUUUAUGAGGAUUUAUUAAAAUAAUUUCAUUAAAA